GCCCGUCGGACAAACGGAUAUCAACUCACAAGGCGUUUUCUUCAGCCUGAAAAUCCCUGUUGUAGUUGGUACCGAUAUCUGAGCCAGUGUCUGUCUCCACCAUGAGCAUUGGCACCUUCAAUGGCACCGACCCUGCGGCCUACAGGGGAGGGGGUAUGAGUUUUGGAUACCCUAAAGGCUACACUCUGAUGGAUUUCGUUCCUGACGAUGUGAAGCCGCUGAUUCAUUCCCACUGGAGCAACUUUCCUCCCGUCAACCCCAUGUGGCACUAUAUGCUGGCUGGGAUCUACGUCAUUCUCGGGCUCCUCUCUUUCUUCGGAAAUGGGAUUGUGAUGUAUCUCUUUCUGAGCAAGAAGAGUCUUCGUUCUCCAGCAAAUAUGUUCGUCGUUAAUCUGGCUUUCAGCGAUUUCAUGAUGAUGGCGUCGCAGUUCCCCAUGUUCGUCACGAACUGCCUGAGCGGAGGCUACUGGUCUCUGGGCGCCUUUGCUUGCGAGGUCUACGGCUUCCUGGGUUCCGUCUUUGGCAUGACCUCCCUCGUGACGCUGGUGGCCAUCGGUUACGACCGGUACUGCGUGAUAGUCAGGGCUUUCGACGGAGGCCACAUCAGCUCGGGGAAGGCCUUCGUCAUCAUCGUCCUUUGUUGGGCUUACUCCGUCGCCGUGUCCAUCUGGCCCUUCUUCGGCUGGAACUCCUACAUCCCCGAAGGCAUUCUGACUUCGUGCAGUUUUGAUUACAUCAGCAAAGACUGGAACAUCAGGUCUUUCGGGAUCUUCCUCUUCGUCAUGUGCUACUGCUUUCCGCUCAUUAUCAUCAUCUUCGUGUACUCCCAGAUCGUUGGUGCCAUUCGGCAGCACGAGAAGGCUCUUCGAGCACAAGCCAAGAAAAUGAACGUGGAAAACCUCCGCUCCAACGCCGACGCCAAGAAGCAGAGUGCUGAAGUUCGAAUCGCCAAGGUGGCAGUUGCUAAUGUCUUCUUAUGGCUGCUCACAUGGACACCCUAUGCCUACGUUGUCAUGAUUGGACUCUUUGGUGAUCAAACGAAGGUGACUCCCCUUGUCUCCGCCCUGCCAGCGCUCAUCGCAAAGACCGCCUCCGUCUACAACCCCAUGAUGUUCGCCAUCUCGCACCCCAAGUUCCGCCUCGCCCUUCAGGAGGCUCUCCCAUGGUUCUGUGUCCACGAAGAGAAGGACGACGACACGAAAUCCACGAAGACGGAAGCGGAAAACCCUAAAUAAUAUCCUCAAAGGAAGAGUAAAUAGGUUUUACCCGAAAUCAUCAUUACGAACGAUUACACUAUAAUUAUAUUGACUUUCUGCCUGGCGUGAUCAACGAACCUACUGUUUUGUUUGGACUGUAAUAACAUUGGUUAUUCAAUUCUUGUUGUUGCAACGAAAUCAGCCUUUGAAUAAAAACUAGACGAAUCACC